AUGGUCCUGCAGACGCGGAACUAGCACCGGGAGGGCCCGAAGCCGCCCCAGCAGCCCCGCGUCUCGCAGUCCCCGCAGGAGCCCGGGCCCGAGCGCGCGCCGCCGUCCCCAGGGCGCAAGGGCGCAGCGGGCAGUAAGGGGCCCCGCGCCGAGCCCGUCGCACCGCCCGCUGGGGGCGGCCUCGGGGGGCGCCUGGCCGCCUGGCUGCGCUGGGCUCUGGGCCUGCGGCGCGCGGGGCGCGGCCGGACCUGGACCGCGCUCUUCUUAGGCUAAUUUAACCAGGUCUUGUAUUGGAGCCAUAUAACACACCUCUUUGAAAAUGACCAUCAUUUUUCUCACCUCUCAACAUUGGAAAGGGAGAUGGCUUUUCCCACUGAAAUGGGACUGUAUUAUUCCUAUUUCAAGACUAUUGUGGAAGCACCCUCAGUUUUGAAUGGAGUAUGGAUGAUUAUGAAUGAUAAACUGACUGAAUACCCCCUUGUUAUUAAUACAUUGAAAAGGUUCAGUCUUUACCCUGAGGUAAUUUUGGCCAGCUGGUACUGGAUUUAUGCCAAAAUAAUGGACUUGAUUGGUAUUCAAACCAAGAUAUGUUGGACAGUUACCAGAGGAGAAGGACUCAGUCCUACUGAAAGCUGCGAAGAUAAAUUGAGAGAUCCUGCUUGCUUUUAUGUUGCUGUAAUUUUUAUUGUAAAUGGACUAAUGAUGGCAUUAUUCUUCAUAUAUGGCACAUAUUUAAGUGGCUCACGCCUGGGUGGCUUAUACUAUACUAUGAAUUUUUUUUUUCAGUGUACCUGUGUAAUGUGGACACCACCUCUCCCUGAAAGCUUCUCAUAUGCAUUUCUUGUUCUUCAAAUAUUGCUUAUGACUCAUAUUCUCAGGGCUACAAAACUUUAUAGAGGAAGUGUGAUUGCACUCUGCAUUUCCAGUGUAUUUUUCAUGCUUCGUUGGCAGUUUGCUCAAUUUGUACUUCUUACUCAGAUUGCAUCGUUAUUUGCAGUGUAUGUUGUCAGGUACACUGAUAUAUGUAAAUUACGGAAGGUCAUUUAUAUACACAUGAUUUCUCUUGCAUUUUGUUUUGUUUUGAUGUUUGGGAACUCAAUGUUAUUAUUAUCCUUCUUUGGUAAUUAUUUGGGUAAGUAUUCCUUAACACUUAUAUGGGGUAAUCUGGCAAUGAAACCACAUUUCCUGGAAAUAAAUAUAUCUGAACUUAGUUUAUGGGUUAUUCAAGGAUGUUUUUGGUUAUUUGGAACUGUCAUGCUUAAAUACUUGGCAUCUAAAAUUUUUGGUAUUGCCUUCUUGUGGAAGAAAUGGAGAAAAAAUACAGGAAGAAGAGAAGAAGAAAUGAAGACGGAAGCAAGUUCGACUCCUAUUCUCCCAGUGGAUUCCAAAGCAUGAGCUGGGCUGCUUUUGAAGGGUG